AUGGAUACUUCUUCCAAACAGUGUCCGGUCAAAAAACGAGUGAAAAUCCAUCCCAACACAGUGACAGUGAAAUAUACAUCACAUUAUCCCCAACCUGGAGAAGAGGGCUCUGAUGAAACCAGUGAAGAUAUCGGAAGCUUUAUGGAGGACAAUCCAAAGAAAAGGUUGCUGAGUGACAGAAAAAGGAAAGGAAGAGCCUUCUUUGGGACUAUGGAUAUCCAACCUCAGCCAGCCCAAGAGACAAAAGCCAGUGAGACUGGACAACGCCAGAAUUUUACAGAAGGAAGCAUAUUUCAGUCCAGAAAGACUUGGGUAGUGCUGUUUGCCUCUGCCUUGGCUCAUGGGUGUGUGGCUCUGAUAACUAGACUUGUUUCUGAUCGUUCCAAAGUGCCAUCUCUGGAACUAAUUUUCAUUCGUUCAGUCAUACAGGUGUUGUCUGUCAUUGUUGUGUGUUACUACCACGAGGACCCCUUUGGACCAAAAGGAUACAGACUGCAGCUCUUCUUCUAUGGUGUCUGCAAUGUUAUCUCCAUUACCUGUGCUUACACCUCCUUCUCUAUAGUACCUCCAAGCAAUGGGACCAUUAUGUGGAGAGCAACCACCACUGUCUUUAGUGCCAUUUUGGCUUUUUUACUAAUAGAUGAACGAAUGGCUUAUAUAGACAUAAUGACAGUAGUUAGUAGUGUCUUUGGUGUUUGCCUGGUCAUGUUCCCUAACAUUGUUAAUGAAGAAAACUCUUUGUUCAGUGUCUGGAAAGAAGCCUUUGGCUACACCAUGACAGUUAUGGCAGGCUUAACUACAGCUCUUUCCAUGAUAGUCUACAAGUCAAUCAAAGAUAGGGUCAGUAUGUGGACUGCACUGUUUACUUUUGGUUGGACUGGAACUGUGUGGGGAGCCUCCACCAUGUUUUUUCUUCAAGAGCCAAUUAUCCCACUGGAUGGAGAAACCUGGAGCUAUCUCAUUGCCAUCUGCAUAUGUUCUACUGUGGCUUUCCUGGGUGUCUAUUAUGCCUUGAAUAAAUUUCACCCAGCUCUGGUCAGCACAGUGCAACAUUUAGAGAUUGUGAUAGCCAUGAUUCUGCAGCUCGCAGUGCUACGCAUCUUUCCCAGCAUUUAUGACCUCAUUGGAGGGGCCAUUAUUAUGAUUAGUGUUGUUUUUCUUGCAUGUUAUAAGCUGUCCUGGAAGAAUUUAGGAAGGAAAGAUUAUCAGGAGAUACUGGAUUCUUCCAUUAAAUGA